AGUGAAGAUACACAGCAACAAAUUAUCAGAGAAACUUUCCAUUUAGUAUCGAAGCGCGAUGAAAACGUCUGUAAUUUCCUAGAAGGAGGACUAUUGAUAGGUGGAUCUGAUAACAAACUAAUUUACCGACACUAUGCCACCCUGUAUUUUGUCUUCUGUGUGGAUUCUUCAGAAAGUGAGCUUGGCAUUUUAGACCUCAUACAAGUAUUUGUGGAAACACUAGACAAAUGCUUUGAAAAUGUCUGUGAACUGGAUUUGAUUUUCCAUGUAGACAAGGUCCAUAAUAUAUUGGCCGAAAUGGUCAUGGGUGGAAUGGUUUUGGAGACCAACAUGAAUGAGAUUGUCACGCAGAUUGAUGCUCAAAAUAAACUGGAGAAAUCUGAGGCUGGUUUAGCAGGAGCUCCAGCCCGGGCUGUUUCAGCUGUAAAGAAUAUGAAUCUGCCAGAGAUCCCAAGAAAUAUUAAUAUUGGUGACAUCAGUAUAAAAGUGCCAAACCUGCCCUCUUUUAAAUAACAUGGCUACUCCAGGUAAAACAAAGGAAGAGACGUAAUAGAGAUUUACCGCUUAACUGUUUACUAAAUAAACGACGUGUCUGACUUUUACUAUUUGCAUAAAACCUAAGGUACUGUAUAGACAUCAUUCGAGAAAUCAGUGUGUGGAGUUGAACGUUGCUUUUGUCUUGUUUGUGAAUUUAAAGGAAAGGGGUAGUUCCCGUGUGAUUUCUAAGUUACAUUCCUGUGCCCUUGUAAGGCGUGUCACUCUGUCUCGGCUGCUGCAGUGUUUUGGGAAAGCAUUUGAGAUGUUCCUUACUUUGUAUAACCUAUAACGCUGACUUGUUUUGUAUAAUCACUAAGGUCUAUAAUUAGUGCAUUCCUUAACUACUUCUGCUGUUUGUCAUGAUAAUUUGAGACUUAAGUGCAGAUGUUGCAUGAAAACAUUAAACUCUUUGUUUUGUUUAAAUAAAAUCAUAACAAACCGGACUUCUAAA